GGGGCCUGGAGCUGGACUGCCACCCUUUCCCUCACUGCAUCAUCAGGAACUUCAUCCAGAGUGAGAGCUUUACAGAGAACCUACAGAGGGAGCUUCUAGACCUCAACUUCCAUGAGAAGUCCAACGACCUGUACAAAUUUAAUCAGUCAGAUGACCUGAAAAAGAGAAAAGAGCCUCACAUCACAGGCUUGAGGGCAGCACUAUUUGGGCGGUUUCGAUCCUGGCUGGGUGAAGUGUUGGGGGUAGAACUGGAGCCCACAGUGGACAUUUCCUGUGCCAAGUACCAAUACACUGAUGUUCUGUUGUGUCAUGAUGAUGAGUUGGAGGGGAGGCGUGUUGCCUUCAUCCUCUACCUUGUCCCUCCAUGGGAGUGCAGCGACGGAGGAACCCUGGAUCUCUUCAGCACAGAUGGUCACUUCCAGCCCCAUAGUGUGGUGAAGUCUCUGGUGCCCAGCUGGAACACUCUGGUUCUCUUCGAGGUUUCACCCGUCUCCUUCCACCAGGUUGCAGAGGUGUUGUCAGAGGAUAAGUGUCGUCUCUCUCUGAGUGGCUGGUUUCACGGGCCGUCUUUGGAGCGACCACGUCGUCACAUCGAGCCCCCCUUCCCAAGGAGCCCCCACCUUCCCAGAGAUGAGACACUGCUGCUAGAGUGGCUGAAUCCACUGUAUCUGGACGUUGACUACCAGUCACAGGUUCAGCAAGAGUUCGAGGACAGCUCUGAGAUCCAGCUCAAUAAUUUCCUCAAAGAGGAGAAGUUUAAGGAGGUGAGUGAAGCACUGCGAUCGACUGAGGUCCAGUGGACCAAGCGAGGUCCUCCCAACAGGAGAUGUUAUGAAGUGGCUUCGUUAGAGUCCUUCCCCCAGUGUGUGAAUGCAUGCUGGGAGCUGCUGUGCUCGGAGGCGUUCUUCCUGCUUCUGUCCAACUUCACUGGCCUGAGACUGCACUACCUCAGCCCCAGUGACGAAGACGAGGAGGAAGAGAAGGACCAAGAAGAUGAGGAAGAGAGAGAAGCCACAGGGUCAUCUGGGGACACACCAUCAGCUAAUAAGAAUAACAAAGGUCCGAGCACGCCGGUGUGUGUUGGAGAGCUGCGGCGCUGGGCUCACGGCUACACACUACUGCACGAUGGAGACGCAUCAAGAGCGGAGUACGCCCUUGACCUACAACUGUCUUUUUAUUUCUCAGACUGGCAGACUGAGUUUGGGGGCUUCACCUCUUACGUUGCUAAUGAAGAGGAUGAGGAGCUCCUGACGGUGUAUCCAGAGGAGAACUCCCUGGCUCUUGUAUACAGGGACAAAGAGACUCUCAAAUUUGUCAAACAUAUCAAUCACAGAAGCUCCACCCUACCUAUUGGUGAUCCUUGUAGGAGAGCAGUUUAUGACUUCUCCUUUGUGUAUUAUGAAUGAGUUUUUGUGUGGGUGUUGAGGUGUGUGUGUUUGUAAUAUAACAUCACUGUGAGGGGUGGUUGGUCUACUCUAAAGCUCCAUGAUGUCAUGUGUUCUUAAUUAAAGUGAACAGGCAGGGAUACCCUGUUACCAUGGUUACCUGGUUUUAGUCGGUAGCCACAGAGUAACGCAGAUAAAAAAUUGUCUACAGUGACAGCA